AUGCCGUGGCAGCAGGUCUCCCCAGGCCGCUACGAGCGCGAUUUUGACUCGCUCGAGCACUUCUACCGCGGGAUAGCUGCUGCUGGCGAACCGCUGCGGAAGCAGCAAUAUCUGAUUUCAGGCCGCAUCCGGCUGAAGAGCGCGCCUCCGGUGCCUCAGCUGCAGCAGGCCUGGAAGGCCCUCCGCCACCAAUACCCGCAGAUCGCUGCUGUCGCCAACGAGGCCGGCGACAAGUUCGUCUACACCGUGCCGUCGCCCGAGGCUCUGGAUGCCUGGCUGCAGGAGACGUUGAUCGUCGACACCAGCUCCUCGGCUGACAGCCUCUACUCGACCCUGACGCCCUCGCCUAUCUUCAAGCUCUACUUCCUGCCCCAUGCCCGCGAGCUGCUCUUCCGGACACCACACUGGCGCAUUGACGGCAUCGGCCUGUUGCACCUGCAACACGCCUUCCUGCGCCUCCUCGCCGAGGGCGCCCCGGCAGAGAUCACAUUUGACGGCUCUGAGGCCGCGCGUCUGGCGCUCUCCCUCGACGAGGCUGCUUCUGUCCCACAGGAGGUCACAUCGGAGAUCAGCCAGGCGGCCGACGCCGAGCUGGGCGCGUUCCUCGCCGGCCAGCCUGCCAUCACCAUCGCGACGCUGUCCAACCAGCUGCCCGCCGCCACGCAGCGCUACGGCAUCAGCUUGCCUGUCGACCUCAGCCAGCGCAUCAUCGCCGCCAGCAAGGCGCGCGGCGUUCACGGCCACACGCGCUACACGACGACGACCCGUCGACGCGCGGCACCCCGGCGCAAAUACACGACCUUAAACGUCGUCGACCUGCGCAAGUACCUGCCUGUGCCAUGGAAUGGGUCGCAAGCCGCCGUCAGCGUGUACCACACGGGAGUGCCGUGCACGGUUGACCUGGAUCAGCAUCGCCAUUUCACGUCGAUUGCAACCGUGCUGGGCGCGGGCUACAAGCGCGACCUCAGAAAGGACGAGCCGCGCAACAUGUUCGGCUUCCUGUCCGAGUACGUGCGCAAGGUCCUGGAACUCCUAGGCGCGACGCCGGAUGACCUGCUCGAGGUGCCGGCGCACCCGCAGCUGAGCUCGCUGGGGGUGAUCAACGACUAUGUGCAGACGAGGUACGAAGGAAAGACGGCGACCGUCGAGGUCGAGGACUGGUGGGUGGCCGUCGAGGUGGCCAACCGGCUGCUGCAGUCGUACGUCUGGACGUGGAACGGGCAACUGCAUCUGGGGGUCAACUACAACGAGGCGUUCUACGAGCGGAGCUUUGUGAAGCAGUUUGUGGAGGAGUGGAAGGAGGUUUUGGUGAGGGAGUUGGACUGUAUAUAUUUCACUCGGGUGAAAAAUAUUGAACAUGGUCAUGACGGUAUCCUGUCGUUCCCUGGAGAUACUAACGCGGAGGUGUUUACGCCAGGGAUUCCCCUUCGCAGUGGAUGCGGUGGUAGGAUCUCUGCAAAGUCGGUAGUGGAAGAUCAGCGCCGUCAGGAGGAAUAUGGAGAAGGAAAAGAUCUGGAGGAAAAGACCGGCGUCGAUGAUCUUCUUUCCAUGGUCGAUCUUAUGUAG